UUGUGACGUCACGGAGGGUGACGUACCCGGAAAAAUGACAAGGGUCCGUUGUUGACAGCAUAGCAACAUCUUUGUGGAAUCUUCUAGAAAAACAACAACAGGCGCGGCUUGUUAUUCUGUAGCCUUUUUUUUUAUUCUGUUUUUCUUAAUAUAUAAUGAUGUGAUACUUGUUUACUUGAGUUUUAACGACAGUGCGUGGCAGCUGGCUUUAAAAUAUCAAUAGUUGUAAAAGUGGCGAAGAUGUCUUCUUACUUCGACGAACACGACUGCGAGCCCACCAACCCGGAGGAACAAUACCGGCAGAACGCACUGCUGGAGCUCGCCAGGUCACUCAUGCAGGGCUUGGACUUGAUGGACUCGGGACAUUUUGACUCGUCAGACUGGGAGCAGCGUCUUCCUCCCCCGGCUGCCAAAGUCGCUGUGCAGACUCUCCCUGUGGUGCUGCUUUCUCCACAACAAGCAGACAAAGGCUUAAAGUGUCCCGUGUGUCUGCUGGAGUUUGAAGAGCAGGAGGCCGUACGACAAAUGCCUUGUAAGCAUCUUUUCCACGCCGGAUGCAUCCUGCCCUGGUUGGGGAAGACCAACUCCUGUCCGCUGUGUCGCCUUGAACUACCCACUGACAAUGAAGAGUACGAAGAGUUCAAGAAAGACAAGGAGAGAAGAAAGCAGAGGGAGCACAGGCUGGAGGACCUCCAUGGAGCAAUGUACACAUGACCAAGGUUUCAUCACAUUCAGGAGCUUCCACACACUCACUCACAUCCUUGACCACCUCUCAUGUGCAAUAAUUGAUGACCACUCACAUUAGAGGAGGAGAACAAAUAUAUGAUUUCAUAAAUGAUUCUAUAUUAGUGCUUUUUAUGUCAACUUUAAGCCACCAGGAUUUUACAACAUAUAAAUAGUAGUCGUGUUUUCUGUUCAUGUUUCUUUUUUGGCUGGAGGUGACACACUGACGUGGCAAAAACUUUUUUUUUUACCAUUUUGAUAAAAACAAACAUUUCCUGGAAGUACAUGCGGACGCACAAAAAACAUUAUUUGGAGGGCACGAUAGUGUUUAAUACAGUAUUUCCUUGAAUUACCGUCGGGCUGCUAAUUAAUUUAAAACCUCUUCUCCCUCCGGCACUUACCAAAGGCAUGCAGUAAAUUUAGGCCUGCGCUUAUAAAUUUGAGUGUGAUGUAAAGAUACCAUCAUGAAAAGCACAUUUAAUUAAAAAAAACGUUAUUAUGGUCUUACCUUUACUUAUAAAUGAAGUCCAUGCUCAGCUCCUUCUGAUCAAAAGCACCGAUAACUUGUUUAUAGAAGUCUUCCUUAUCUUUCUUCAGUUUUAAAAGUCUCUCUGUCUCGAUGGAGAUCUUCCUCUAUAUUACCUCCUGCUUCGAUUGAAAGUCCAGUUUAGAAAACUGUUUUAUUUGAAUAAACACGCUGCUCACUCUUGCUGGUCCAGUUCAUGGUCGGCAGGUGUGUAGCCAUAGCUCUCUCUCGUGUGAGUUGCUCCCGACGUGCAGACCGCUGCUAUCUGUUAGCUCGGCUCCUCACGUGUAGUGCGGGGUUGACGACAGAAUUAUCCUCGGACAACUCCCCCUCCCGUUCUGCUCCGUGGGUGAUGUCUUUAUCCCACCGCUGCCACCAUGAAGUGUUAUUGUAUAAAUAAUACACUGGGUAUUUAGGACUGGAACAUGCUUUAUUUCAGCCUGGUUGUUUACAUGGCCAGCAUAAUAGUAGUGGUGUUACAUCCUAAAAGGUCUGUCGUGCACCCCCCCGUCAUAUCUAUUCCCAGCACAUAUCACGACACUUGUUGUCAUUUCUUCUUCAGCCGAGUAGUCGCAAGAAGGAUCACUAGCGCCCUCUACCACCAGGAGGCGGGAGUCAUGUAAUGACUCAUAUUUGACACACGCAGCUACGGUAUAUUAAUAAAACGUAGCUCCUUACUGUUCGUUUUAGCAUAUUUAAUAGCUGUUAAUCUUCUUCCCUUUAUGCGAUUUCAAAUUAUUGAAAUCAGCAUCCUCCAUUUUGAAAAUGCUGACAGGGGAAGUGUCACUCAUGACGUGACGAGUUUGACCCUGCAGUACUACUAAGCAUGCGCUAAUUAUUUUGCGAAACGAGUUUGACCCGGCAGUAAUUCAAGGCAGGUGCAUACUAUAUACCUGGCGGAAAUUCAAGGAAAUACGUUGCACUUUUUAGUUUGUUGUCUGUCAGCACGAGUGCACUGUAGCACAACUUCAACACUAGUCUUCACUUACCAAAAAUAUUGUGAAUGUUUUUCAUAUGAUGUACUUGAUGCAUUUUAGGUGAAAAUAGGUGCAGUGAAAGUGACUUGAAGGUGGUUGUAUGAAGUCACGACACACAAAUGAGCACGUAUGACAUGAUGUUGACACCAUGGAAAUAUACUCGUAUAAAUUCUUUAUUUUUAGCAAUUGUGUGUUAAGUAAAUUGCAACAAAACAAACAGGAAGCAAAGUGGACAGCGUGUAUAUUCAUAUUAGCUGCGUGUCAUAUCUUGUACACUUCAACCACAUCAUUGACUUGAUAACUUGUUUACUAGUUAGUGAAGAUCAACUUGUUAUACAUGAGGAUGAUCAAAUGAAGUGGGAUGUCAUAUAUAGUGCUGUGUUAUGUUUCCAUAGCAGUCUAUUUAUUUAUAAUCAUGUCCACCUGCACAUUUAUUCACAUUUGAAAAAAUAAAUUCACUGUUCUAGAAGUUUCUAGGCCAGGGGUCGGCAACCUAAAAUGUUGAAAGAGCCAUAUUGGACCAAAAAUACAAAAACAAAUAUGUCUGGAGCCGCAAAAAAAUAAAAAGCCAUAUUGCGUGCAGAUAGUGUCAUGAGAUAUAAAUUGAAUUAAGAGGACUUAAAGGAAACUAAAUGAGCUCAAAUAUAGCUACAAAUGAGGCAGAAUGAUGCAAUAUAGCUAGCCUAAAUAGCAUGUUAGCAUCGAUUAGCUUGAAGUCAUGUAGGGACCAAAUAUGUCUGAUUAACACUCCACACAAGUCAAUAACAUCAACAAAACUCACCUUUGUGCAUUCAUGCACAGCAUUAAAAGUUUGGUGGACAAAAUGAGACAGAAAAAGAAGUGGCAUAAAACACGUCCUAGAAAGUCGGAGAAAGUUAUACAUGUAAACAAACCACGGUGAGUUCAAGGACCGCCAAAAUGAGUAGGACAAAACGGCGCUCGCCAAAUACGUGAAUCAGUGAAGCAUGUUUAAUAAAAACAGUGUGUUUUAUAACAAUUAGGGAGGUUUGUGUCAUGUUUGUCCUGCGACAGAAACUAUAUUAAAACAAAAAAUAUAUUCUUUAUAUUUUUUCCCCUCAUAUUUUUCUAUUUUUCAUACAGUUUUGAAAAAGCUCCAGAGAGCCACUCGGGCGUGUUGCCAACCUCCGUUUUAGGGUCAUUAAUUAGGCUUUCCUCUUCAAAACUCCAGGCUGUGAAUAUUGUUUAAAUGUAGAAACUUUUUAGUCUUUUGCCACUUUGUUGUGUCAUUUCUGUCCGGUGUUGUAACGUUGAUAGCGGCUUGUGUGUAAUGUGUCUCGUUAAAAGUAGAAUUCCAUUUUCCAAGCCCUUAUGAGGCUUAUUUUGCAGGGCUGGUGCCUUUGUGUCUCUGCACAAACUUGUACUGUACAUCUUUUUACAUCAGGGGUGUCCAAAGUGUGGCCCAAACCUCAUGUUUUAAUCAUUUAAUUAAAAAAAAUGUUUUUUUAAGAACAUAAAAAAAGUCAGCAUGCAGGCUGGUUUUUCCUGUUAAAAAUAUAUACCGUAUUUCCUUGACUUGCCGCAGGGUAUAUAGUCUGCACCUGCCUUCAAUUACUGCCGGGUCAAACUUGCUUUGCAAAAUAAUUAGCGCAUGCUUAGUAUUACCGCCGGGUCAAACUUGUGACACUUCCCCUGUCAUCAUUGUCAAAAUGGAGGAGGCUGUUUUCAAUACCGGUAAUUUGAAAUCGCAUAAAGGGAAGAGGAUUAAGAGCUAUUCAGUAGGAUUUAAGGUCCAAGCUUACAUCACACUCAAAUGUUUACUGCGUGCCUUUGGUAAGUGCCGCAGUAAUAGAGGUUUUAAAAUAAUUAGCGCAUGCUUACUUUUACCGCAUGCAUUUGGUAAGCGCAGGAGUGAGAAGAGGUUUUAAAUUAAUUAGGGCCCGGGCGGCCAUUCAAGGAAAUACAGUAUGUUGGACUGCUUUAGAAAGUGAAAUAAAUCAAAUAUUUUUUAGUCUGUGAAAAUGUUUGGGCACCCCUGAGCUAUUUGAAGAAAAUCUCUAAGUGUUUUAAAAGCUGAACUAAAGUGACUUUAAAACAAAAAUAACUUUUUGACUACAAUUCCCAUGAUGAGUUUAAGUAUUCAUUUCCAGUUGAUUUGAUAUUAUGUUGACAGGAAAAAAAACCCAACAGGCAAAAACACAAUCAUACUCAAUUUAAGAUUUUAUUUCAUAUUUGAAUAUAAAUCUCUGUCAAAUCAAAAUACCUACAAUAGAUGACAAAUCGAACAUAUUUACAGAAGAUAGAGAAACAAAACAAUUUUUUACUGAAGUGUACUUUCUACUGAAAAAACAACAAAUAAAAAAUGUAAAACAAUCCAGUGUGAA